AUGUGCGGCAAUCCAAACACGCGUCUGCUCUCGCGGCUAGUCAUCGACUUCCUCAUCCUGCUGGGCAUCUAUGGCGUCGCCCUGGUGGUGCUGCCCCAGCAGCUGGCCACCGCUCAGCGGGGCUUCCACUGCAGCGACGCCAGCCUGCAGUACCCGUACCGCCAGCCCUGGCUGACCAAGGUUCACCUGACAAUCGCUGUAGUGAUCCUCCCCGCGGCCUUUGUUCUGGUGGUGGAGAUGCUGCGCGCCGCCUUCGUGCCCAACUCGGCGGAGCUGAAGCAGCGCUUCGUCUUCGUGGGCGCCCGCAUCCCGAGCUUCAUCAGCGAGUGCUACAAGGCUGUCGGGGUGUAUCUCUUUGGGCUGGGACUGACCUUGUUGGCCAUCAGGCUGACCAAGCACACGACUGGCCGCUUGAGGCCCCACUUCUUGGACGUCUGCCAACCCACGUGGGGCGAGGAGGACGUUGAGAGCUGCUCAUCCGUUUCGGGGGGAAACUCCACCGCCUAUGUCGAGGAGUUUGGCUGCACGGAGUUUGCCGUCUCCUCAGAACUGCUGGCUGUAGUACGCCACUCCUUUCCCAGUGGCUUCGUGACCACAACCAGCUACGCCAUGGGCUUCCUGAUAUUCUACGCCCAGGCCAGGCUCGUUGCACCCUGGCUACGACUCCUGCGUGCCACCCUUCAGCUGGCCUGUGGAUCGUUAGCGCUAGUGGUUUGUUGGGAGCGCAUCUCUACUUUCCAGAAUCACAUUACGGACGUGGCCGCAGGAGCCGUCCUUGGGGGGCUAGUGGCCCUCUUCGCGACUGUGUUUGUAGCCCACCUGUUUGCAGAGGUUCGGGUGAAGAGGCGACAGUGGCCUCGGAACGAGCAGAUUUACGGGUACGCGGGAUACUACAAUCGAGCUACAUAUGGCUACUGA